AUGGAUGGCUCUGCCAAAGAGAAUAUCCAGUUAUUCAGCAAAAGCUCAGUGCAGAGCGUCGGAGGGUCCGCUUUUAAGACAGGACAUUCAUCUCCAAAGGAAAAACAGCCACGCUGCUGCGCGGAGCUGAAGGUGUUUCUGGGUGCAUUGUCUUUUGUCUACUUUGCCAAAGCCUUGGGGGAAGGCUACCUCAAGAGCACCAUCACUCAGAUAGAGAAGAGAUUUGAUAUUUCUUCUUCGCUUGUGGGGCUCAUUGACGGUAGCUUUGAAAUCGGGAACCUCCUGGUUAUCAUCUUCGUGAGCUACUUUGGAGCCAAACUGCACAGACCCAAGGCCAUCGGGGCGGGGUGCGUGCUCAUGGGCGCUGGGACCCUGCUCAUCGCCCUACCACACUUCAUCAUGGAGCCGUAUAAAUACGGAAAGCUGUCGCCCUCCCUCAACGCCAGCCCCAGCGUGUCUGCCUGUGUCCUGCACGCCGGGGGGCAGCCGCCAGCCCCGGCCCUGCCAACACCACAGCCCCAAACACCCGAGGGGUGUUCGGGGGAGGGCAGCCCCUCCGCCUGGGCCUACGUGUUCCUGGGGAACCUCCUUCGAGGCCUGGGGGAGACCCCAAUCCAGCCCCUGGGCAUCGCCUACCUGGACGAUUUCUCGGGGGAGGACGACGUGGCUUUCUACAUCGGAUGUGUGCAAGGGAUUGCAAUUAUCGGACCCAUCUUCGGAUUCCUUUUAGGCUCGCUGUGUGCCAAACUGUACGUGGACGUGGGCUUGGUCAACGCAGAGCACCUGGCCAUCACCCCGGCGGACCCCCAGUGGGUGGGUGCUUGGUGGCUGGGUUACCUCGUAGCCGGGGCCGUGAGUCUCCUCGCCGCCGUGCCUUUCUGGUGUUUCCCCAAGAGUCUACCUAGACCCACGGGCCGAGAGGACUCCAGCUCUUCCCCCGAGAAAUCCCAGUUCAUCCUGGACGAGCCCGGAAGCUACCAGACUCCCCACGGAGGAAAAGCAAAAAUGGUGGAAAUGGCGAAAGACUUCGUUCCGUCGCUGAAGAGUCUCUUGGGGAACCCGGUGUAUGUGCUGUACGUGUGUGCCAGCACCGUGCAGUUCAAUUCUCUGUUCGGCAUGGUGACAUACAAACCCAAAUACAUCGAGCAGCAGUAUGGACAGACCUCCUCCAGGGCCAACUUCGUGAUCGGCCUGAUCAACAUUCCAGCGGUGGCCCUGGGGAUAUUUUCUGGUGGAAUGUUCAUGAAGAAAUUCAGGAUCGGCCUGUGUGGAGCCGCCAGGCUCUCGCUGGCAUCUUCCAUCCUUGGCUACCUCCUCUUCCUCUCCCUGUUUGCCCUGGGCUGUGAACCAUCGGCGGUGGCCGGGCUGACAGUGUCCUAUAGAGGGACGCGGCCCGUGACCCCCGGCCGCGGCGGCCUCCUUGCCGACUGCAACUCCAGAUGCCAGUGCUCGGAGGCCCACUGGGAGCCCGUGUGCGGGGCCGACGGAGUCACCUACGCGUCCGCCUGCCUCGCCGGCUGCCAGGCCUCCCGCGUGGCUGGGAGAAGCCUCAUCCUGUACAACUGUAGCUGCGUGGCUGCGUCGGGCUCUGGGCCAGGGAACUCCUCGGGCAUGUCGGGAAGGUGCCAGAAAGAUAACAGCUGCUCCCAGAUGUUUCUCUAUUUCCUGGUGAUUUCCGUCGUCAGCUCGUACACGUUGUCUCUGGGCGGAAUUCCUGGGUACAUCAUUCUCCUGAGAAGCAUCAAGCCUCAACUGAAAUCUUUCGCCCUGGGUAUCUACACCCUAGCAGUGAGGGUGCUGGCCGGAAUCCCGGCCCCGGUGUAUUUUGGCGUUUUGAUCGACAGCGCAUGUCUGCAAUGGGGAGUUAGAAGUUGCGGGAGCAGAGGAUCCUGCAGGUUCUACGAUUCCGGGCUCUUCAGACACAUCUAUCUCGGGCUGACUGUAACUUUGGGGUCAGUGGCCAUAUUCCUGAGCACUGCGGUACUCUUCGUGUUAAAGAAGAAUUAUAUCUCAAAACCCAGUCACUUUACAGCCAAGAGCGAGCGAGCCACGGCAUCUACAAGAUUCAGGAAAGAAAGAUGCACUCCGACGAAUCACCUCUUCCAGUCUCAGUACUGGCCGGGCAAAGAGACAGAACUUUAG